GUGUUGGAAACUAUUCCACAGAUGAUAAAUUACCUUGAUACAUACUAUCGACUACAAUUUCGUGCACAUGCAUUGAAUAUAUUUGGAUCAGUUGAUUUCCUUGGCAAUCCUAUUGGUUUAAUUAAUGAUUUAAGUUCAGGUAUCUCUGGUCUAGUAGAAUUAGAUGUUGGUGGAUUAAUUCGACAUGUAGCACAUGGUGUUGGAGAUAGCGCAGCGAAAGUUGCUGGAAGUGUAUCACAAUUACUAAAUGCUAUGUCAUUAGAUGAUAAACAUCAACAAGAACGUGCAGUUAUACUUGGCAGUCGUGCAGAAACUUCAUCAUUACUCCAUUCAUCACAUUCUAUAUAUCCUACUAAUUGUAAUGAAAAGGAAUUAUCGUUGAAUUAUUCGUCUAAUAACAAUAAUGAUAAUGAUAAUAAUAAUAAUAAUAAUAUGGAUGAAUCUCUUGAUGAUUUUGAAUUAACUUGUCGUGAUAUCUAUUUGAAUAUGCAGCCGAAAAUGCUUAAAUCUGAUACGAUAUUAUCCCCAUCCCCUCCUCUUCCUCCUCCUCCUCAUCAUCAUCAUCAUCGUCAACAUUAUUACAUCAACAAAACGAGAAAAAAGUUCAACAGACAUUCGAUACAAAUCGGUCUGUUACAGCACCAUUGAAUGCUGGUAUUCGUGGUCUUAUGCAUGGUAUUGUUGGAGGUAUGACAUCAAUUGUCACUCAACCUUAUCGUGGUGCAAAAGAAGAUCAUUUGAAAGGUUUUGUUUAUGGUAUUGGUCGUGGAUUACUUGGAACAGUGACUAAACCAGUCGGUGGUAUCUUAGAUCUUGUUUCAGGUAUGAUGAGUUCUAUUAGUGAAGCAGCCUGUCCAUCUAAUCUACAUCGUCCACGAAGAUGUAGACCACGUCGUGCUGGAUUAUCUAAGCAUUUUUUUCAACCAUUAACUGUUUAUAAUCUAGAUGAAGCUGUAGCUCAACUUCAAAUGCAUUAUAUUUCAUUGUUCACUACAGUUAAACGUUAUUCAUUACAAAAGUAUUCUUAUGCAUCAUCUUUGAAUGUUAUUUUAAAUCCUAUAACAAAAUCAUUUGAAAUUGAUGAUGAAAUUCAAGUCAAUGAUAAUAAUAAGAAGAAGAAUGAUUAUACACCUAAUAUGAAUACAGUAUUAACCAGUAACAAAUUAUCUAGUCUUAACUUAUCAUCAUAUACUAUCAGUCGUUUAGUACAAGCUUAUAUGCUAUCAUCUGUUAUUCAUCAAUUUCAUUUCUCAUUCAAUUCAUUUGAAUCAAUUCUGUAUAUACUCCCUGUACAAUUAUGUGGUGUUAUAGCAUUAAUUACAGAUCAAGCUAUUUGGUGUAUACGUGAUAUAUCAUUAAAGAAUUGGAUUUCUUCAAGAAAUCCUAUUAACCAAAUGAAUUCCACUGAAACCAGGAUACACCAAACACAUCCAUUUUUUUUCACUGAAAAUGCUACACUUCUAUUCAUGCUUCAUUAUCAUCGAUUAGAUCAAGUUUAUUUACAAAUGCAUGGAAAUAUUAAUGCACUUGGUCCUACUUUCACUACUGCUACAACAACAAUUCCUACUGAUGUAACUCCUUCUAUUCCUGUCUAUGUUGUAUUCUCUGGUGAUUCUGGUACAAGUAAACAACAAUUACGAUGUGAUUAUUUAACAUGGGGAUUAAAUUUAACAUUCAAAAUAAGGAAAACACGACUACAUUUUGUUCAAGCUACUAUGCGUAUUAAUCGUAUUGACAUGUUAUCAUCAUCAUCAUCAUCAAUAUCACGUAUAUCUAAUGUAAAGAUAAACAAACUAAUAGUCAUUACAAUGUACCACAUUUUCAAAAUCAUCCUGUUGCAUUAGCCUACAGUCCGUCCAAUUUGUAAGUAACAAAAAUACGUAUAAAAUUCUGGUGAUAAUCUUAUGCCUAAUUAAUACAACUGCAUGAAGUAUUAGUAAGCUAAAAGUACACAAUACUAUAAAUUCAUAGCUUUUUAUCGCCUUUACAACUGCCUACAAGCUAUUACACGAAGUAGACAGCGAAAUACAGUCCACAUAUCUAUCUAACAGGAAGAUAGUUUAUCGAUAAAAAACUAAUGCAAGAAAUCGUAUAAUUUACAGAAGUUCGCAUCAAAUAAAUCAUUUCAAGGUAGCAUUCAUCACGGAUUGAUAUCAGUUGAAAACCUGGGAGCAAUAGACAACUGUUCCGUCCUAGCAUUGGACUCCUCAGGAGUAUGCAUCCACAACCACCUCUUCCCAGGGAUCGAACUCAGGAUCUUCAGGUUUCACAGCGAACGUGUUAACCAUCCAAUCAGUUACUGAAACAGAGUUCAAUGGUUCACAGCUUCCAACUCCUGUCAAUUCGUGAUAUAGCACGGCUAUCCACCCAAGUCGUUAGUUGCCAUCCAGUUCACUUCUAACCAAUUAACCUUACUGAUCACCACCUCUCAUUAAAACUUCAUCUCGAAGCAAGUCACUAAUCACCACUGGACAGUUAUUUCAGUUUGAAAGUUUCUUGAAGAUGAAUACCAACUUGAAACCAAUGAAAUCCUCGACGGCAAAUUGCCUAUGUUAUGAAGACAACCUAUGUCAUAUAAUUAAAUGCUUAAAAAUUACCUAUAGAACUUCAAACCUUUUGUAAAUCAUAUACCACACUUUGAGUAGCUAUCUCUUUACGUCAUCUUUUGUUGAAUGUAUAUGGAUCACUGCACUACUUCUUAUACUAAUCCCUUGUACUGUAUAGCCAAUCGUGUUGAAUCAUUGAAUCCUACAAAACUAGCAGUCUAGGCUACUUCCUUUGAUGAAAUUGUACUCAAGAGAAAUGUAUCAAAUAUUCUUCGACCUGAAUUUCAUCUAAGUCUGAGGUAUUCAGUCUGUAUAAUUGUUUGACUUGUUAGUAUCGAUUUGUGAUGAUAAUAAUUUUUCCAUUACCUUU